ACCAAAUUAUAUAAGGAAUAUAAUACAAUAUAUAAAUGAGUAUAAAUAUGCAUAGAGAGUCAAUGGCGAUCCCAAUUGUUGCUCUUAUGCUAAUCAUCUUCCUCUCAAAAUCGCUACUAGUGUUUGGGACCUUUACACUCCCAAAAUCUGAUGUUGAUGAAAUUCAAUUUUCCUUAAAUCUUGAGUUUUUGGAAGCUGAAUUCUUCUUGUAUGGAGCAUUAGGUAAUGGUUUGGACAGAGUUGCUCCAGAACUGACCAAAGGGGGUCCACCUCCCAUUGGUGCAAGAAAGGCCAAUUUAGAUAAUCUCACUGGGGAUGUCAUUUUGCAAUUUGCAUUGCAAGAAGUAGGACACUUGAGGGCUAUUCAAAAAACAGUGGGAGGGUUUCCAAGGCCACUGUUGAAUUUGAGUUCAUCAGCAUUUGCAAAAGAAGUAAAUAGAGCAUUUGGGAGAGAGCUAAGACCUCCCUUCAAUCCUUAUGAAAAUAGCCUUAAUUUUAUUAUAGCAUCAUAUAUAAUUCCUUAUGUUGGACUCACUGGCUAUGUUGGAGCAAACCAAAACUUAAUCGAAGCUACUUCCAAAAGACUUGUGGCAGGUCUUCUAGGUGUAGAAUCAGGCCAAGAUGCUGUAAUUAGAGCAUUGCUAUAUGAGCGUAGGGAGAUGAAAGUGGCGCCAUAUGAUAUAACUGUGGCAGAGUUCACAAACAGACUUUCUGAGCUAAGGAACAAGGUGGGAGGAGCAGGUUUGAAAGAUGAGGGGCUUGUCGUACCAAUGGCUUUAGGUGCCGAGGGAAGAGUUUCUGGAAACGUGCUCUCGGCGGACCAGAACUCACUUUCGUAUGCAAGGGCACCAAAGGAGAUUCUUAGAAUUAUUUAUGGAACUGGUGAUGAACGUAAGCCUGGGGGCUUCUUUCCCAACGGAGCUAAUGGUAAAAUUGCUAGGUCUUAUCUUUCGCUUCCUGCCUAGCCUAAUAUAAUAUAUAACACUUUGUUCUCUAAUAAAAAAUUGUGUACCUCACUCCGCCUUAAGAAUAAAUAGUAUUGAUGAGAAAGUACACUUUAUAAUGAAUAAAACUCAUUAGUCAAAUUUGUACUUUUAUAAUAAUAAAUAAAUGGAAAUUUAUAAGUUA